UGCAACUCGAGCCCCCUGACUCUCUUCACCGUCAACACAUGGCUGGUGUGUUAAGUACUAGCUGAUAUUUUUGUUGCUAAUUUUUUUCUUUUAUAAGCGUGCGUCUGUUUUCUCUCCGCUACCAAAUGAAAGUUAAAGUCCUCUCAAGAAACCCGGAUGAUUACGUCCGGGAGACCAAACUAGAUAUUCAGCGCGUCCCCAGAAACUAUGAUCCAUCCCUUCAUCCGUUUGAGGUGAGCAGGGAGUACACUCGGGCUCUGAACGCCACCAAGCUGGAGCGGGUGUUUGCCAAGCCUUUCGUGGCCUCGUUGGAUGGUCACAGAGAUGGGGUGAACUGUAUGGCCAAGCACACAGAGAGCCUCUCCACCCUGCUGUCGGGGUCCUGCGAUGGAGAGGUGAAAGUGUGGAAUCUGUCCAAACACGAGUGCGUUCGGACGCUUCAGGCCCAUGAAGGUUUUGUGCGGGGAAUGGUUGUGCGUUUCUGUGGGACCUCCUUCUUUUCGGUCGGUGAUGACAAAACAAUCAAGCAGUGGAAGAUGGAAUCACCGGGCUAUGGAGAGGAAGAGGAGCCACUUAACACUAUUCUGGGCAAAACUGUGUACACGGGACUGGACCAUCAUCAAAACGAUCCUGUAUUUGCAACUUGUGGCCAGCAGGUGGACAUCUGGGAUGAGCAGAGGAGCAGCCCGAUCCGCUCUUUCACCUGGGGUGUGGACAGUUUCAGCUCUGUCCGCUUUAACCCUGUGGAGACUGAACUACUUGCAAGUUGUGCCUCUGACAGAAGUAUAGUGCUGUACGACAUGAGGGAAUCAACACCGCUUAAAAAGGUCAUCAUGUCAAUGAGGAGCAACACGUUAUGCUGGAACCCCAUGGAAGCCUAUUACUUUACAUGUGCAAAUGAAGACUACAACCUCUACACAUAUGACAUGAGAUACCUGACCAGCCCCAUCAUAGUGCACAUGGACCACGUGUCUGCAGUGCUAGAUGUCGACUAUGCUCCCACAGGGAAGGAGUUUGUGUCUGCCAGCUUUGACAAGACCCUCCGAAUCUUUGCCAAGGAUAGUGGACACAGCAGGGAGGUGUACCACACCAAACGCAUGCAGCAUGUCAUCUGUAUAAAGUGGUCGGCAGACAACAAGUACAUCCUGAGCGGCUCAGAUGAGAUGAAUAUCCGACUGUGGAAAGCCAACGCAGCUGAAAAACUAGGAGUGCUGGCCCCCAGGGAGAGAGAGGCUGCCAGCUACAGUCAGAAGCUGAAGGAGAAGUUCCAGCACCACCCACAAAUCAGACGCAUCGCCCGCCACCGGCAUCUACCAAAGAACAUCUACCACCAGACCAAGGAGCUGAGGAUCAUGAAGGAGGCUCGUCGCAGAAAGGAGAGAAACCUCCGAAAGCACAGCAAACCAGGAAGCGUUCCCAUGGUGUCUGAGAAGGAGAAGCAUGUUGUCACGGUGGUGAAGUAGACCAAGUCGGACAAAAGAGAAACCAGAGACUGAGAUCACAUCCACAUGGGAUAUUUUCAGAUUUCUGAAAAAAGUUUAAACUCAUCAGUUGUGGAAAGGAGAAGGAUGCAGACUAUAAAACACAUUCAGAAGACUGUCAAGACUAAAGUGUACUUUUUCAGUUAUGUUAGUUCAAAGUUUGGUCCUGUUUCACAUCACACACUUUACUUUGUGCAAGUUUGCAUUUUUCAACCCAGGAGCCACGAACACCUCAACAAUUAUUAAGAAAGAUGGCUCAGACUGCGUCAGCCACUGAUGUUCAGCAUCAUGUGUGGAAAAUGGAUGUAUCAU